AUGGAUUUGCUGGCAAGUGGAUUGAACACCUUGUUCUGUGUUUCUGCUGAGAUUGUCUCUCCCAAACAGGCAAUUAGAUGCAUACAAAGAGAGAGGGAAGCACUCCUUCAAUUCAAGGCUACACUUGUGGAUGACUACAACAUGCUCUCAUCAUGGACCACUCCAGAUUGUUGCCAAUGGAGGGGAAUUCGUUGCAGCAACCUCACUGCCCACUCUCGUUUUGGUGGAAAAAUUCCAAGUCAAUUUGGGUCUCUCUCACAUUUGAAAUACCUAAAUCUUUCUGGGAAUUAUUUGGGGGGUUCAAUCCCUUAUCAACUUGGAAAUCUCUCCAUGUUGCAGCAUCUUGAUCUCAGUGGCAAUUAUUUAGAAGGAAAUAUACCAUCUCAGCUUGGAAAUCUCUCCACGUUGCAGCAUCUUGAUCUCAGGGGCAAUCAUUUAGAAGGAAAUAUACCAUCUCAGCUUGGGAACCUGUUCAACUUUCAAAAUCUUUACCUUGAUGGAUAUUACGGUGCUCUCAAAAUGGAUGAUGGGAAUCACGGUGGAGAUAAUUUUCUCCUUUCAAUGAGGCCUUCUAAAUUCAAUGUUUCUACUUCUCUUUCUGUCUUGGAUCUCUCUGAAAACACCAUCGCAUCAUCUAUCAUAUUCCAAUGGGGGUCAAACAUUACUUCCAAUCUUGUUGAGCUUGACCUUGGUGGUAAUCUCUUGGAGGCUCCCCCAUCAAAUCAUUUUGGCAUGGUAAUGAAUUCCCUCCACCGGGUUGACCUCUCCUAUAAUAGAUUCAAGGAUGAGGUUUUGAAAUCCUUCAUGAAUAUAUGCACCCUGUGUUGUUUAUACCUGCGUGGCAACAAUUUGACAGAAGACCUUCCAUCAAUUCUUCAUGAUUUGUCUAGUGGUUGUGUUAGAAACUCACUACUAGAAGAGUUAGAUCUAUCAUCUAAUAAAAUCACUGGCUCUUUACCUCACCUCUUAAUAUUCUCAUCUUUAGAAAUGUUAGAUCUUUCUGGAAAUCAACUAAGUGGAAGGAUACCACAAGAGAGUUUGGCUGUCAGGGAAUCGAUUCCUAAAAGCAGCGUUUUAUCAUUCAAUCAAUUGAAGAAAGAGAGUGGAGUUGCAAAUUCAUUUCAAAAUGCAGGUACUUUGCAAUCACUGUACCCGUCCAAUAAUAGUUUGAGUGAAGAGCUUCCAACGAUAAUCCAUCACUUGUCAAGAUAUGCUAGAUACUCAUUGCAAUUAGAUUCAUUGGACUUGUCUGAUAACUCAUUGGCCUUGGCAUUUACCCACAAUUGGGUCCCACCAUUUCAGUUGAGCUACAUACAAUUCAGAUCUUGCAAGCUAGGUCCAGCAUUUCCCAAAUGGUUGCAAACACAAGAUAACUACCGAACUAUUGACAUUUCUGAUGCUGGAAUAUCAGAUAUUGUUCCACGGUGGUUUUGGGCUAAAUUAGCAUCGCAAGAGUCGAUGAGAAUGAAUAUUUCACACAACAAUCUCAUAGAUGUAGUUCCAAAUUUUCCACUAAAGAAUCCUCAAUAUUCUCUAAUUCUGGCAUCGAAUCAAUUUGAAGGUCCAAUACCACCAUUUCUACGACGUUCAAUGUUUCUUGAUCUAUCAAACAAUAAAUUUUCAAGUUCUCUUCCAUUUUUAUGUGCCAGCGGUGUAGCCGAAACUUUAUACAGACUAUACCAUUCAAAUAAUGAAUUAUCUGGACAAAUUCCAGAUUGUUGGAGCCACUUCAAGUCACUAGUUUAUUUAGAUUUGAGUCAUAAAUUUUCAGGAAAGAUUCCUACUUCAAUAGGAUCACUUCUUCAACUUCAAGCACUGCUACUGAGAAACAAUAACUUAACAGAGGAAAUUCCUUUCUCGUUAAGAAGUUGCACAAAGUUAAUGAUAGAUAUGGCAGAAAAUGGACUAUCAGGACCUAUCCCUAAUUGGAUUGGAAGCACGUUGCAAGUCUUACAAAAUUUUAAUCUUAUCAAGGAAUCAAUUCUCUGGAAGUUUGCCAUUACAAAUUUGUUAUCUAAAAAGCAUUCAACUCUUGGAUCUCUCCCUCAAUAA